AUGAUAGUCAACCUUAUUCAUGAGUCUACAGAAGGUGUGAACACAGGAGUUUUGCAGCAGUAUUGGGAAGGAGAUAAUCUUACUCAAGAAGAGAUCAAGAGAGAUACUACAGUGGUGAUUACAGUUUUCCAACAUCAAACGGCCGCAGGCUUGGAGGCCAUCGAAUUGGAGCUAGUGGUAGUAGAGAAACCAGCUAGGAUGUUAGGUCUGGAGCUCCCAUUCCAUUUUUAUCCAUAUAAAGGAGGCAACUUGACAGAGACGGUGGAAUCGCCUCCGGGUGAGGACCCUUUUGUUUCAGAUAUGCGCCAGGAAGCGUUCAUUGAAGUUAAUGAAGAAGGAACGGAAGCUGCAGCUGUUACAACUUUCGAUUUGAUGGAUGGGUCGUCACUAUAUAAGCCUAAGAAGGUAGACUUUGUGGCGGAUCACCCAUUCUUGUUUUUUAUCACAGAGGAAAUGACUGGAGCAGUGUUGUUCAUCUGGCAGCUGCUCAAUCCUCUACACUGA